CAUUUGAUUGGGCAACGUUAAUAAGUCGAUCUCUUCUCUGUUAUACCCAAAACCCGAUUUUCGCCAACCACUCGUUAUCUUCGAACCACCCUUGUUUCUCCAUUUCCCCAAUCUAAAACCCUAAUCUUUUUCACAUCUUUUCGUUCUUAAAAGGGUUCAUUUUUCAUCUCCUUCUUUCUGGGAUCUUGAAUUUGUGUCAAUCCUUCUCCUUUGGAUACUCGAUCGUCUUUUUUUUUCAUCUGAAGUGAUGGGUUGAACUUGGUUGAUCUCAUGGAGUGGGAUAGUAGCUCUGAUCUGAGUGGAGACGAGGAAGAAGGGUUCCUUUUGAACGAUGGUGGACCUUUUCCUUUCCCAGUUGACGGUUUACUUCAAUCGGCGCCUUGUGGGUUUGUUGUAUCUGAUGCUUUGGAGCCUGACCAACCAAUUAUUUAUGUCAAUUCGGUAUUUGAGAUGGUUACUGGUUAUCGUGCUGAAGAGGUUCUUGGGCGUAACUGUCGGUUUUUGCAAUGCAGAGGUCCAUUUGCAAAAAGAAGGCAUCAGCUUGUGGACUCCAUGGUAGUCUCAGAAAUAAGAAAAUGCCUUGAAAAGGGGGUUGAAUUCCAAGGAGAUUUAUUAAAUUUCCGUAAAGAUGGAUCUCCACUUAUGAACAGACUGCGGUUAACACCAAUAUUUGGGGACGAUGAAACAAUAACUCAUUACAUCGGAAUCCAGUUCCUUACAGAGGCCAACAUCGACUUAGGACCGCUGCCAGGAUCUUCUGCCAAGGAAUCCACAAGAUCAUCUGAUCGUUUCCAUUCAAUCGUCGCCUCAUACAAAGCAACUCUAGACCUAAACAGAAGCAUUGCUCGCGGAGCCUGCGAUAUCAUGCAGUUAAGCGAUGAAGUCAUGUCAAUGAAAAUUCUCUCCCGGUUAACUCCACGAGAUAUAGCAUCAGUCGGAUCUGUCUGUAGAAGAUUCUAUGAGUUAACUCAGAACGAAGAUCUAUGGAGAAUGGUCUGCCAGAAUGCUUGGGGAAGUGAAACAACUCGAGUCCUCGAAACAGUACCAGGGGCGAAGCGUCUAGGGUGGGGCAGACUGGCGAGAGAAUUAACCACACUCGAAGCAGCAGCUUGGAGGAAGUUAACUGUCGGAGGUGCGGUUGAGCCUUCUCGCUGUAACUUUAGCGCUUGUGCGGUUGGAAACCGUGUUGUUCUCUUUGGCGGUGAAGGAGUCAACAUGCAACCUAUGAAUGAUACUUUUGUAUUGGAUUUAAAUUCGAGCAAACCCGAAUGGCAGCACGUUAAGGUUAGCUCCCCGCCUCCUGGUCGGUGGGGCCACACACUUUCUUGCAUGAACGGGUCGAAUUUGGUUGUAUUCGGUGGCUGUGGACGUCAGGGCUUACUAAACGAUGUUUACGUUUUGGAUUUGGACGCCAAGCAGCCGACCUGGCGAGAAAUCUCGAGUUUAGCUCCUCCGCUUCCCAGAUCAUGGCACAGCUCCUGCACCCUCGAUGGGACAAAACUGAUCGUUUCUGGAGGCUGUGCAGAUUCGGGUGUUCUCCUUAGCGAUACUUUUCUGCUUGAUUUGUCUAUGGAGAAGCCUAUUUGGAGAGAAAUACCGAUGUCGUGGACACCUCCUUCACGAUUAGGUCAUACUUUAUCAGUCUAUGGAGGAAUGAAGAUUCUGAUGUUUGGUGGGCUUGCUAAAAGUGGGCCCCUUAGAUUUCGUUCUAGCGAUGUGUUCACUAUGGAUUUAAGUGAGGAAGAACCAUGCUGGAGAUGUGUGACUGGAAGUGGGAUGCCUGGUGCUGGUAAUCCGGGUGGUAUAGCGCCUCCUCCAAGGCUUGACCAUGUUGCGGUUAGCCUUCCGGGUGGGAGGAUUCUGGUUUUCGGUGGUUCAGUGGCUGGUCUUCAUUCCGCUUCGCAGCUUUAUAUUUUGGAUCCGACUGAUGAAAAACCAACUUGGAGGAUAUUAAAUGUGCCUGGACGGCCACCUAGGUUUGCUUGGGGGCAUAGUACAUGUGUGGUUGGAGGAACUAGGGCUAUUGUGCUGGGAGGUCAAACUGGGGAGGAGUGGAUGCUGAGUGAGCUGCACGAGCUUUCACUGGCCAGUUCUGUUGUUUGAUGAUAUGGAAUUUUGACUGAUAAAAUUUGAUUUGUGGUGAGAAGGGAGCAUAAUUCAGAGAUAUAUCUGAAUAAAAUUGCUUGUAAAUCUUUUUACAAAUCAAAAAUCAUAUUCAAAUGGGUUGCUGCUGGAUUUUAUAUAUGGUAGUAGGUAAAAAAAAAAUAUGAUUAUUAUAUAAACUUGGAUGGAUUCUACACAAUUCCUUCACCAGCCAGCUCUUUUGCCUCUAAAGAAGAAAGGGCAGUCGGAAUUUGCAGGCUGACAGCUGACUGGAGAAUCCGAAAAAGAUGAAAAAAGAGAGAUUUGGCGUGUGUUUGUAAAUAUCAGUUGAAUGAUGGUUGGUCUGCUAACAAAGUUGAACUUGCUUGCUUUUAAUAGCUGUUGUCUAGUUAAUAGCAGCACUAUCAUGAUCAAGUUUACUGAAAGGGUUCUUAAUUUGUUGUUGUAGUAGUAUUUUAUGGAUGAAUUUUGAUUCUUGACCUUAAUUUGGAUAUAGGAUUUCUUUCUUUCUUCU